CUCUUUGUCGCAAACUUAAAACCGCCCUUCGCAGCUUCUAAUCACAUACGCGACUCAAGCUGCACACAUAUUAAUCAUGGCAGACCAACAGACUACUGCUGCGCCAGCCGCAAAUCCCGCUGAAGUCUCCAAGACUGAGAGCACAGCCAACGUCCAGUCUGAGUCCAAGACUGAAACCUCCGACUCCAAGCCCGAGGAGAAGGCCAACAAGACCGAAAACGGUGAGGAGAAGUGGGAAGUCAAUGGCAAGUCCGAGGACAAGAACGGCCGUCGCAACGACCGUCGCGACGGUGGCCGUGGAGGUCGAGGUGGUCGCGGUGGUCGAGGCAACUUCCGCGACAACCGCAACAAGAGGCAGAACAACCAAGAAUUUGACGAUCUUCCCGAGUCCGACGACCCCAACGAGAUCCGCGCCCAAGUCGAGUUUUACUUCUCUGCACAGAACUUGGCAACCGACGAGCACAUGUUCAAGGUGCUCGAAGGUCCCAAGAACACUCCUGUUUCUAUCCACCACAUCUGCACCUUCAAGCGCAUGCGCCACUUCAAGCCUUACUCCGCUGUUGUAAAGGCACUCCGCGAGAGCAACGAUCUCGACGUCGUUGAUGAUGGCGAGUACAGCAAGGCUGGCAGCGAAGCCGUCAAGCGCAAGGAGCCGCUUUCCGUCCCCACCAAGGAAGGUGACGAGAAGAACCCACCUACCACAGAGGAGCUCUUUUACCGAUUGAAGAACAACUCAUCCAACAACAUGGAGCGCAGCGCCUACGUUAAGGGCUUCGGUAGCGAAGACCAAGCCGGCCAGAUUGCGCUUGAGAAAUUUUUCCGUCCUUACGGCGCAGUCAUGGUCCGCAAGCGUCGCGAGAAUGACGGUGCCUGGAAGGGCAGUGUCUUUGUCGAGUUCGACUCUGAGGACUCCCAGAAGCAGUUCCUCGAGCUUGACCCCACACCCAAGUUCAACGACAACGAGCUUGUUACCAUGGGCAAGAAGGAGUACAUUGUCAUGAAAUGCCAGGAGAAGGGCAUCAAGCCCGACUGGGAGCUGACCGAGGAAGAGAAGUACCAGCAGCGCAAGGCACAACGCGAGGCCAACGGAGACUUCAGCCGCAGCGGCCGUGGAGGAGGUCGUGGAGGUCGUGGACAGGGUCGCGGUGGACGCGGUGGACGUGGUGGCAAUGACCGUCGCGACAACCGCCGUGACCGCAACCGAUCCCGCUCUCCCCGUAGGCGCCGCGAUCGCAGCGCUUCAAACGGCUCCGUCGACGCUGACGACUGGAACAAGCGUCGCGACCGCUUCAAGGAUGGCAAGGACGACCGCGCCAGCCACAAGGAGGACAAGAAGGAGAUUGAGCGCGACGCUCACGGUGUUCCCAUCGUCAAGGACACCUCCAACAAGCGCAAGGCCGAUGACGGCGAGCCCCAGGGCAGCCCCAAGAAGAGCAAGCUUGAGAUCAAGCAGGACGAGUAAAGAUGAUUUCUCUACUCACUUCCUGUGCAUUCACAACAUCUACUUCACUCUAUGGAGAUGAUUUGAAGUAUGUCGAUGGGAUAUUUUUGCAUUUGGCGGCGUUGAAGGACUAUUAUAUUUCUACGGUCAUCGCUAUGAUACCUACUGGGUUUGGGCAAAAGUUUCUUUCUCUAUCUCAUGGAUGAACCAGUCCAACUGUAUAUGGUAUUCGUAGAUACAGUGUCUUCGCUGUGCAGACAUGUAGUUGACGACGCAUGAGUUCGGUAGGAUGAACGAAUAGAAACAUCAUCAUCACAUCGG